UGUAUGAGUGUCUGUGAUCUCAGCAAUGCCGGUCAAUGUAGAUGAGUGGGAUCGAUCCCUGGAACUCCACCAAGUGGAUGAAAAGCCAGAACAUCCAUUAGCAGCCACGUUUGGAUCAGUAUGUGUGGAAAAGCUGGGACAAAUCCUCACACCUUCUCAGGUGAAACAUUUGCCAUCUAUUCAUUGGGAGGGCAUGGAUCCUAAUUCAUUGUAUACUUUUAUUUUUACUGAUCCUGAUGUACCUUCCAGAGAAGACCCCAGUAUUGGGGAAUGGCAUCACUGUAUAAUCGUAAACAUGAAAGGAAAUGACCUUAACAGUGGCUGUACACUCACCAAGUACGUGGGCUCUGCACCUGGCAAAGAUACAGGUCUACACAGGUACACAGUGCUUGUCUACAAACAGCACGGGCCACUAAAAUGUGAUGAACCAAUUCUGGGUGACACCUCUGCUGAAAAGCGAGAAAAAUUUAAGGCACAAAAGUUCCGCCAUAAAUACAAACUUGGACGUCCUGUUGCUGGCACAUGUUUCCUAGCUGAGUGGGAUGAAUCUGUUCCUGCAAUCUACAGUCAACUAGGAGUGAUGUAG